AUGGUAAUCGUCUUUGGUCCUGCCUCCACCCGGAGCACCGCCCCCGGACAUAUCCACCUCCCGAAACAAGAGGCCAAGCAGGUUGCACAUUUUCUCGAGACGCAUCGGAAACUUCAAGCAAAUGGUGCGAGGACGUUUGUUGGAGAAAAUGCAAGCCUGCAAAACAUGGAACGGAAGGCAAGAAUAAAGAAGCAACUCCAGGAACCCAAAUUGUCGCCAUCCUCGUACGACACCGCAUGGGUGGCUAUGGUGCCCUUACCGGGCUCGUCUCAGGAGGUUCCAUGCUUCCCACAGUGUAUUGAAUGGAUACUACAAAACCAACAGAUCAGUGGAUCUUGGGGUCUUGCUCACAUGGACUCCUCAGUCAACAAGGCCACCCUCUCAUCCACAUUGGCUUGUGUGCUUGCACUUCAGAGAUGGAAUGUCGGGAGGGAACAUAUUAGGAGAGGAAUACAUUUUAUCGGCAAAAACAUCUCCGUUGUCAUGGAUAAACAGAUUGCUGCUCCUAUAGGCUUCAAUAUCAUUUUUCCUGGUAUGCUUAGCCUUGCCAUGGGGAUGGGUUUGCAGUUUCCUGUGAGAAAAGCAAAUGUUGAUGGGAUUCUGCAUCUCCGGGAGUUGGAACUAGAAAGACUUGCGGCGGAUAAAUCUUUUGGGAGAGAAGCAUAUAUUGCUUAUGUUGUUGAAGGACUAGGAAACCUAUUGGACUGGAAUGAAGUUAUGAAGUUCCAGAGGAGGAAUGGAUCGCUAUUCAACUCUCCCUCCACAACUGCUGCUGCAUUAAUCCAAAAUUAUGAUGACAAAGCCCUCCAGUAUCUAAAUUUGCUUGUCAGUAAGUUUGAUGGUUCAGUGCCAACAGUGUACCCAACAAACAUUUAUUGCCAGCUUUCAAUGGUGGAUACUCUUGAAAAGGUCGGAAUAUCUCGGUAUUUUUCAAGUGAGAUAAAAAGCAUCCUGGACAUGACAUACAGGUGUUGGUUACAAAGAGAUGAGGAAAUCAUCCUGGAUGUAUCAACAUGUGCAAUGGCGUUUCGUAUCUUACGAAUGAAUGGGUAUGACAUUUCAUCAGAUGAGUUGUCUCAUAUCGAUGAAGCCUCCACUUUCCAUAAUUCACUUCAAGGAUAUUUAAGUGAUACAAAAUCCAUAAUGGAAUUGUACAAGGCUUCAGGAGUUAGUGUAUCAGAAAAUGAACUAACCCUCGAUAAUAUAAGUUAUUGGUCAGGGAACUUAUUGAGGGAAAAGAUAUUUCAUGAUGACGUGCAAAGUAGGUCGAUAUUGGCGGAGGUGGAGUAUGCUCUUAAAUUUCCCUUUUAUGCCACAAUGGAUCGUCUGGAUCACAAGAGGAACAUUGAAAACUUUGAUUUGAGUGGUUCGCAGAUGUUGAAGACAGAACACUGGCCAUGUUGUGUAAACCAAGAUAUUUUAGCUUUGGCUAUUGAAGAUUUCACCAUCUCUCAAUCUGUUUACCGGAGUGAGCUCCAGCUUCUUGAAUGUUGGGUGAAGGAGAACAAGCUAGACCAACUAUUGUUUGCACGACAGAGGACGACAUAUUGCUAUCUCGCUGCUGCUGCUACCAUGUUCCCUCCUGAAUUGUCUGAUGCUCGCAUUUCAUGGGCCAAAAAUUCUAUACUCGUAAAUAUUGUUGAUGACUUCUUCGAUGUUGCGGGGUCAAGAGAAGAAUUAGAAAACCUUGUAGAACUAAUCGAGAAGUGGGAUGAGCACUACAAAGACGAAUUCUACUCUGAGCAAGUACAAAUAUUGUUUUAUGCCAUUUACACUUCAACGAGCCAGCUUGGAACAAUGGCUUCUGUUGUACAAAACCGUGACGUCAAAAAGCACCUAGUAGAAACAUGGCUACAACUACUAAGGACUAUGAUGACCGAGGCAGAUUGGCGGAUGAGACAAUAUGUGCCAACAGUUGAAGAAUACAUGAAAGUUGCAGUUGUGUCAUUCACAGUAGUCCCCAUUCUGCUCCCAGCAUCAUAUUUUGUCAGGCAAGCACUCUUGGCUUGUGUUGUAAAUAGUCAAGAGUACAACGAGUUGUUCAGACUAAUGGGCACUUGUUGUCGCCUCCUCAAUGACAUCCAAGGCUUUGAGAGGGAGAGCAGCGAGGGAAAACUUGAUAGUGUUUCGCUACGUGUUCUCCACGCUGACGGUUCUAUGUCCAUUGAAGCAGCUAAAGACUCAAUAAAGAGGUCCAUAGUCUCAUGUAGAAAAGAUUUGCUAAGGUUGGUCCUUAAGCAAGAUAGUGUUGUUCCUAGGGCAUGCAAGGAGUUAUUUUGGAACAUGUGCAAGAUAUGCCACUUGUUCUACUCUCACACUGAUGCAUUUACCUCGCCAAGUGAGAUGGUCACCACAGUGAAUGCAGUUAUCAAUGAGCCACUCAAACUCCAAAUUAGCAAUCCAUCUUUUGCUACACAAUCCGAAAAAUAA